UCCGGUGGGCCCAGGUCGUCCCCACACGACAGCGCUCCGCCUCUCCUUCCCGACUCCACCGACCCCCCGCCGAGCUUUCUCGCCUCCCGCGAAGUCGCCACCGCGCGCUGCUCGUCCGUCGUCGCCGCUGCAUCCGCCUCCUCCUCGUCCUCCCUACGGCCGUAGGGUGCGGCGGCGGAGGGGGCGACGAUGCCACGCUGCGGAGCCGGAGGUCCCUGCGUGUGGAUCCGGGCCCUAUCCCAGCCGCAACGCCACGGGAGGAAGCCAUGGCGGGGCGUGAGGGUCGUCGUGCUGCUGCUGCACGCGCUGUUCAUCGGCGCCGUCUUCCUGCUCGAUCCGACGCUCCAGAGGCAAAUCCACGAGGCCAAGUGGUACAUAAUUCUAUAUGGGUUGCUGGUUUUACUUACCUUGGUACAAUACCUAUAUACAGCCACUUCUUCUCCAGGAUAUUUACCUGAUAUGUUGACAGCUGGCUCAAGGAUGCAUGCAACCUUUAUUAAUACAACAACUCUCUCAAAGCAGGCCAAUUCCAAAAGUGGAAGCUUAAACUCUGCCAUGAGUCGCAGCAAAAUAGAUCAGCAAAAUCCACAAUCCACUACAGCUUUGUUACUACAGCAGACGAUGGAUCUAUAUCCUCCUGGGACAUCCACCAGUUGUAUGCCUCCAUUUUAUUUUAGGGAUUUCACAUGCUCUUACUGCCGGCUCAUCCAGCCUCCACGCACCAAGCACUGUCAUGACUGUGAUAAAUGUGUCCUCCAAUUUGAUCAUCAUUGUGUUUGGCUUGGAACAUGCAUUGCUAAAAGGAACUACUGCAGAUUUUGGUGGUACAUAUUCGAACAAACAGUUUUAACUGUCUGGACUGUUGCUUUCUACAUUCAGUUCUUUUAUUUGGGCAUCGUUGUAUCCUGGUGGAAGUUUGCUAUUGGUAUUGUACUUUUGGUAGCAUUGAUAUUAAUCCUCGUGGUCCUGCUGCCCUUGUUGAUAUUCCAUGCUUAUCUUGCUCUUACGAACCAAACAACAUAUGAAAUUGCCAGAAGGAAGCGGAUUUCUUACCUAAGGGAGGUUCCUAGCAGGGUUCAUCCAUUCAGCAAAGGCAUUUGCAGAAAUCUGUAUGAUCUUUGCAUCUCUAAACAGAGGGGAUUUUUUCUGGAAGCAGUGCCCCCGCUGGAGGUACUACAAGCCAGAGCUAGACCUUACACAUGCCGAGAUGUAAUCUCCUGCCGGUGCUGUUAGGAGCUUGGUAUAUGCUCUAUAUCUGGACUCACUAGUUUAGUGUAAUGCAAAUAAUAUGGUAGCUAUAAUUUGUGUCUCAUUUUUCAUGUACAGUGUAUGCGCAUUUUUCUCCUAGAAAAUCUGGAUUGAUCGAUAUCCAUACCUUGAUCUGAGUAUGCUCAAAUCUGGAUUUUUUUUUCUUA